AUGCAUAUUCCUCGGGCUGCAUACUUCUUAGUGUGCGCCACCGUGGCGUUUGCUAAGACUGUUAGCUACGACUUUACCGUCGGCUAUGUGACGGCCGCCCCUGAUGGCUUCUCCAGACAAGUCAUAGGGAUUAAUGGUAAAUGGCCCAUUCCCACUAUUGAGUGUGAUGUAGGCGACACCUUGGUCAUCACUGUGCACAACGGACUUCCGGAUCAAACUACAUCUCUUCAUUUCCAUGGCAUCUGGCAGACUGGCACACAACUAUCCGAUGGGCCUAGUGGCAUUACACAAUGUCCUAUUCAACCUGGACAAUCAUAUACCUACACAUUCGUCGCGAACCCCGCUGGCACACAUUGGUACCAUGCGCAUGAAAAGGGUCAAUACCCAGAUGGUCUCCGAGGGAAAAUGAUUGUACACGACAGGGCCUGGGAGAAGACGUUGGGAAUCGAUAAGCAGAUCUUCUUGUCAAUGUCUGAUUGGUUUCAUCGCUCCAUGCCCGAGUUGAUUAAUGACUACAUGAGUCCCGAUAAUGCCGACGCCAGGUUUGACUCGCCAAACGCUUUCCUCUUCAACGACUCUAACAAGCCUUUUGACCUCAAACUGGCCAAGGGCAAGAAAUAUCUGCUCCGUAUCGUCAACACUGCGGCAGUUGCGUGUGGCCAGUUCCAUGUCGACAACUACACGCUUUCUGUCGUUGAGGUUGAUGGUGUCCAGGUACAGCCCCAGGAAACUGAUAGAAUCUUGAUCUGUGCUGGCCAGAGUUACGGUGUAGUAGUCAAGGGCCAAGACGAUCCAAAAGGCGCGUCCAACUGGCACGCGUCCAUGGACACAGACAUGCUUCCUGGCGCUCCUCCUCCAAAGGACGACAUAUCCGUUAUUGGGAGAAUCGUCUACGACGUGAUGCAAGAGGUCGAAGCGAUCGAAAGGGAAUUACCCAACAUCGCUCGCGCCGAAGCCCGCAUCCUCGAUGAUUUCUACAUAAAGCCGCUGGAUGGCCAGAAGCUCCUGGGACCGGUGAACAACCGGAUCGACUUCACAACAAACCAGACCUACUUCCCUGGAAUCGGAACGCGGACACCUCUUAACGCUGACCCUUGGGUCGCACCCAAAGUCCCUACACUCUACACUGCCCUGACAACCGGCAGCAUGGACCCAGCAACCUACGGCCCUGGCGUCAACCCCUGGAUCAUCCAAUCCGGAGAAAUCGUCCAGAUCCACAUGAACAACCCCCACGGCCGCCCCCACCCCAUGCACCUCCACGGCCACGUCUUCCAAGUCGUCGCCAAAGGCCCCGGCCUAUGGAACGGCCAAGAAACAAACUUCCCCGACGUCCCCUCCAAGCGUGACGGCCUCGUCGUCCCAGCAAACGGCCACGCCGUUAUUCGCUUCAAAGCUGAUAACCCCGGCGUGUGGUUCUUCCACUGCCACGUCGAUUUCCACGCCGUCGGCGGCAUGGCUGCUACUAUUAUCGAGUCGCCGAAUCUACUCCAGGGCUCCGUUCCCGAGGCGGGCAAGGCGCUUUGCGAUGCUGGUGGUAUGCCCUCGAGCGGUAAUUGUGCGGGCGAGUCGUUUAGGAUUACGGCAGCGGAGGCGCGCGAGAAGUGUAAUACCGUGUUUAACACAAAGGUCCGCGGCGCGAAGCUCGGAUAG